UAAUCAAUUUAAUAAGCACAAAAUUUGAUUGGUUGCAGCAGGUUUUGCACAUCCCAAUGAAAAAUUAGCAAUAACAAAUUAUGAUCAAGUUGUUUUGAAGGCAAAAAAAACCAGCAAAAGAAUCCAAAUUUCAAUGGCAAUGGCUUCAACCAUUGCUUUUCCAGUGCCAAGUUCAAGCUUUUUCACUCCCCAAACUUGGGUUCAGAGUAGACCCUUUAGUUUGCACUGUCUAGGAGGAAAAAUGGAACAUAGCAAUAACAGGGAAAAGAUCAAAAGUACUAUUCUUCACCAUCUCUUCCAGAAGCAGAGACAGAGCCCUUAUUAUGACAAUCUAUGUCGCCCUGUUUCAGAUUUGCUUCCAUUUAUUGCCAAUGGGAUCAGAGGUGUCACCACCAAUCCAGCGAUUUUUCAGAGAGCUAUUUCAUCCUCAAAUGCCUACGAUCAACAGUUGAGGAAACUGGUAGGGGAAGGAAAAGACACAGAGAGUGUCUAUUGGGAAUUAGUAGUGAAAGACAUACAUGAUACCUGCAAAAUGUUGGAGCCAAUUUACAAUGAUUCAGAUGGUGUAGAUGGAUAUGUAUCUGUUGCAGUUUCCCCCAAACUAGCAAAUGAUACCAAGGGGACAAUUGAAGAGGCAAAAUGGCUUCACAAGAUGAUUGGGUGUUCAAAUGUCUAUAUUAAAAUUCCUGCAACUGAUGAAUCCAUUCUUUCUAUGAAGGAGGUUAUUUCUCUGGGGAUAAGUGUGAAUGCCACUCUCAUAUUUUGCCUCACUAGAUAUGAGGCAGUGAUUGAUGCUUACUUGGAUGGCCUUGAGGCUUGUGGCAGAACUGAUCUCUCCAAGGUUUCAAGUGCAGCAGCAUUCUACAUCAGUAGAGUGGAUUCUGCACUUGACACAAAACUUCACCAAAUUGGUACCUCUGAGGCUCUUCAUCUCAAAGGAAAGGGUGCAAUUGCUCAAGCAGUCUUAGCUUACCAACUUUAUCAGAAAAAGUUUUCUGGUCCAAGAUGGGAACACUUGGAGAAGAGAGGUGCCAAAAAGCAGAGGCUAAUGUGGGCUUCGACAAAUGUGAAAAACCCAGAAUACCCUGACGCAUUUUAUGUUGAUUCUCUUAUUGGACCGGAUACGAUUUCAACCAUGCCAGAACAAGCUCUUAAAGCCUUCAUGCACCAUGGCAUUCUUUCAAGAACCCUUGAUGCAAAAGUAUUAGAGGCUCAACAUAUUUACAGUGCAAUUCAGAAGUUGGGGAUUCAAUGGCCUUCUGUUGGAUCACAACUCCAACUUGAGGUGCUGGAUUCCUUCACAAAAAGCUUUCAUAAUGUGCUUCAAUGCAUUCACAACAAAACACUUGGACAAGUCUAAGGAACAGUGCUUUCAUGUUAAUUAAUUGUUUAUGUUAUGGCAGAAAAUAAUAGCAUAGAGUAAAAAAACUAUGUACCAAUAAAUAUUUCCUAUUUUACCUUUCAAUUUUUGAACAUUAUUUAACGAAGAAAAUAACUUAUUAUCAGUUUAUGAGCAAAAAAAAUAUUUGGCACUUUUC